AUGGCGAGCUACGAUACUUGCUCCGAAGUAGGCCCACGGUGUCCUGUCGAGCUUACAACAUAUGGUUAUUACCCUAAUUUCGGCGGAAAUAUCUUUUUCACUGUCUUCUUUGGCGUGCUCGGAAUAUGCCAAACCGGUCUCGGCGUGUACUAUCGAACAUGGACAUUUUUGAUAGCUCUCCUUGUUGGCACCUUCAUGGAAAUGGCGGGAUACAUUGGCCGAGUUCUUAUGAACGAUAACCCAUGGUCCGGACCUGCAUUCAAACUUCAGAUCGUGUGUCUCAUUCUCGCACCGACCUUCGUCGCAGCGGGUGUCUACCUAACAUUGAAGCAUAUCAUUAUGAGCUUGGGACCCGAACACUCAAUGUUGAAGCCGCGCCUGUUUACCUGGAUUUUCAUCGGAUGCGACAUUGGGUCUCUUCUUUUGCAAGCUGCAGGAGGUGGUGUCGCUGCAGCCGCUGGCAAGGCCGACUUUGAAAUGCUUAAAGCAGGCGACAACAUCAUCAUCGCCGGUAUCGCCUUCCAGAUUGCGACUAUGAUUGUGUGUGCAUUUUUUGCUGCCGUCUUCUUCUGGAGGGUCUACAAGAGUGGUGAUGGGUUUACAGGCGAGAAGAACCUCGACACUGGUGAUUCGGCAUUCGUUGCCAAGUGGAUGCCGUUCGUCAUCGGUACAGAGAUCUUUGCCUAUGUCACUGUCCUGAUUCGGUGCAUCUAUCGUCUCCCGGAGAUGGCUGGUGGUUGGGGAAACCCGCUGAUGCAGAAGGAGAAUGAGUUCCUUCUCUUGGAUGGAAUGAUGGUUGCUCUGGCCUGUCUGGCCUUCACGAUCUUCCAUCCUGGAAUCUUCCUUAAAUCAUUGCGUUUCGCGCCCAAGAACCGCACGUAA